UCCCCCUCUCAUACUGUCCCACUCACUCAAAGACCUCAUACACUCACGCAGCGAUUUCAGACACUUAGACCAGCGCUUCGUCACACAGACUUUAUCAGCGCUUUUAUUGCCACAGGUUAUCCCAUUGUGUCUCUCUUUGUCUGGGCUGAAUCUCCACCGUCCGCUCUGGGACUUGGCUUGGCUCUACCGUCUCUCAACCCCUCCCCCCUACAGCACCCGGAGGGUGGGACAGACUUCUUGCUGACCCACAAUGUUUCUGGUUCUUGUUGUGACGCCGGAACUAAGGGAGUUCUUGGCCAGAGCAAGGGGUGGAGCUGUCCGCCUCAUCAAGGUGCGGAUCCAGGAUGAACAGCUGGUGCUUGGGGCAUUCAGAGAGCCGACACAGAGCUGGGACCAGGACUAUGACCACUUCCUACUUCCUCUGCUGGACGACCAGGAGCCUUGCUACAUCCUAUACCGCCUCGACUCCCAGAAUGCCCAGGGAUAUGAGUGGAUCUUCAUCUCCUGGUCUCCUGACCAAUCUCCAGUGAGACAGAAGAUGCUGUACGCUGCCACCCGUGCCACAGUGAAGAAAGAGUUUGGUGGUGGUCAUGUGAAGGAUGAGAUGUUUGGCACAGUGGAGGAGGACAUCUGUCUCGAGGGCUACCACCGUCACGUGUCCUCCAGCUCCGGCCCUGCCCCACUCACAGCUGCUGAACAGGAGCUGCGGAGAAUCAAAAUCAACGAGGGAAGGGUUAAGCAGGUGAAAACAGAGACCAGUGUGGAGAGUAAGCACCAAACACUGCAGGGCCUUGCUUUCCCACUGCAGGAGGAAGCCAAACAGGCACUACAACAACUUGCACAGAAAGGCAUCAACUACAUACAGCUGAAGUUGGACACAGAGAAAGAGACUAUAGAGCUGGUCCAUUCUGACCCGACAGAGACCCGUGAGCUGCCUUGCAGGGUUCCCACGGACACGCCCAGAUAUCACUUCUUCCUCUAUAAACACUCUCACGAAGGGGACUACUUGGAAUCUGUUGUGUUCAUCUACUCCAUGCCAGGGUACAGCUGUAGCAUUAAGGAGCGGAUGCUGUACUCCAGUUGUAAGAGUCGACUGCUGGAUGAGGUGGAGAAGGAUUACCAUCUGGAGGUUGCCAAGAAGAUGGAGAUUGACAGUGGGGAUGAGUUGACAGAGGAGUUCCUGUAUGAUGAGGUCCAUCCUAAGCAGCAGGCUUUCAAGCAGGCCUUCGCCAAGCCUCGUGGCCCAGCAGGGAAGAGAGGCAACAAGCGUCUCAUCAAGGGCCCAGCGACUAGGGAGAGCAGGCCGGAGAGCUAGAGAGAGGGACAGAGGUCGUCUCGGCAGCCCUUCCCUGAAUCCUCCUCCUGUUGCCACGUCCUCUGGCAGCUUGUUUGGCCACGAAGAAGGAAAAGGAGAAGAACAUGGAGGGAUUUCUGUCAUUUUUUAUUUCCCCUGCCUUUGCUUGUGUUUUAACAAUGUGUCAAUAAUGUACGUGCUAUUCAUGAACAUCAACUAUAGCAGUGGUUCCCAAACUGUGGGGGAGCGAAAGGUCAGCAUGGGGAAGAAGAGGGGUCGGCAGAGGGAACUCACUCCGGCUUUCAACUUGCUCCAAACUUACUCUGCAGUUUCGAUAUUGGGUAGUGCAUCAGCAGAAUGUGUAGAAUUGCAGGAAA